AUGCUGACAUUUCUCAAAUCUUCGCCAAAGUCCCCGAAGGUGACGAAAGCAUCAGAGAAGCAGCCAGAGGCCGCAGUAACGCCUGACAGCACUGUUCCGGAACCUCUCGAGACGCGAUCAGCCCAUACCGAAGUGUCUUUACACUCUUCGCAGACGGAUAUACCUGCUGCCAGUGCCAGCACUCCACUGAGUCCCAAGGAUACACCUUUACCGGACUCGCCUCUUCUCUCACCAACCGUAUUAGACUCGCCAAAUACCAGUCCGUAUGGCAAGCAAUCAAGUCCCGACGCCCGUCGAUUCUCUUUCCGCUCCUUCACCUUCUUAUCCAACCGUACCAAUGAACACAAACCUGCCCUCUCCACCGAGCAGGAGCAUGACAAGAAAGUUCGUGCUUCGGCAGCACAUGCUAAACGUAUCGCCAGACCUGCUUUCUCAAACUCGGAUAAGAGAGCCAAGCAGUCCGCUCUGAUAGUUCGCUCCCUCAUCGUCGGUGCUGCUGCUCCAGCACCUCCAAAGACCACAAAGGCCGUCACGAAACCUGAAAUAAGUCGUGUCAAGUCUCAACUUAUGCAGCGCAAGUCUGCAAAUAAAGUCAUCGCUCACCUCCGUGCUCUUCCUAUCACCGACCAGUCUACGGCUUUCAACUCUAAGGGUGUGGACGAGGAAGAGAGGGAUAACGAUGGUCCAAUACACGCUGUUUGCCUCGACGCAACCGAUGCUGAGGCGCAUGAGCGUCAUUUCUCUCGUCUGACGAAAGACGCCACGGCUGAUGAUACAACCCAUUGUGAUUUCCCCAGCGUGAUCACCGCCUCUAUCAGCUCGCUGUCAAUGGUCAUCCAGGACAUGCAUCUCGUCAGUUUGAUAACCUCACCUGGCCUUGGCAUUGGUCAACCUGGAGAUGGUGAGGGUCUGUUGGCUGGGUCCCUACCUACAGCGGAGACCGUCCUCAACGGCAUCCAGCAAAUCACUCCACAACUCAUGGCUCUUGGAUUUGCCACGGGGAAGGCGGUCCUUCCUGACCAUACAGGUGUAUAUCCCCCUAAAGACAGAAUAUCUGUUCUUACCUACUGGUGGGGCCUCGAGGUCGUCCUUCCUCCUACUACCCUUUCGUACCUUGAUAGUGCGAAGUCUGUAUCAGGCGCCGUCAUCAACUUUUUGACCGCGCUAUCCGUCAUCAAUAACGGUGUUCGCGAAGUCCUUCCUUUUGUUCGCUAUAUCGGUCAGUUCAUAGACUUUGAGUUCGACUCUAUCAAGAAGGAGAACAAAGGUCAUGGAGUUGUCUGCGCUGCCACAUGGAUCAUGCCUGCUGCCAUGGUUCCUCGCGCAUGGGAUUUCCCUCCCCCACCACCUCCCAAGGUGGUUGUUCAUGAUGAGGAUAAGACCGAGGGUGAUGUUUCAGCCCCCGUGAAACCAUCAACGGAGAUCCCCCGUCCUUCUUCUGCUUACUCUGACGAGAGCAGUGGCAUCGUUGACCAUUCCAACCCCAUCGCAGCCAUGCCACCCGUCCUUCCCGAACUUGUCGUUAGCUCUCCACCUUCUGAGGAUGGUCAAGAAGAAGCUCAUGACGAGCCGUCGUCUAAUCAACUGCCUGAACAGGAAGCUGCUUGAUUGCUACAUACUGAUUGCAUAAAUGCAAAGCCGUUCUUUACUCUCUUACUCUUCGUGGACAUUAAUUUUCUUUCUCCCAUUGAUGUGCAUUGCUCACGACUAUUUACGUUCUUUCCUAUCGUACUUAAGCUAUCUUAUUGUGGAACAUAGCAUCGCGUUUGUCAUUGGUCAUCUCAGUCGUUAAUCUUUUAUUCACUGUACUUCUUAAUCACAGAUUGCAAUCAUACAUACAUUCUUCCUAUAGUCAAUACUCGACACAUGAAUUUGAUCAGUGCUCAUU